AGUCUUAUAUCGAAGCGUUUUUAAACAAGACGCGUCGUUAUCAUUCCGGUUCCAAGUGUUAUUCCUAUUCCUCGAUAUUAUGCGAAUCCUUACCAAAAUGUCGACAAAGUCUUGCUCGAGAAAAUCAGAUAUCUAUUCCAAAAUAGAACUGGUCAUUUUAUAACACAAGCUAAACACGUUCGUGUGUGCAACUGUACCUGUAAACCAGGUUAUAAUUGUGCGCGUGAACGAACUCAUACCGUCAAGUCCAAAUCAUGUAUAGUAAUAAGAACGUACGUUGUUACGGGAGUGCGGAAUAUUUAAGGAGGAACAGUCUUCCCCAGGUGUUUGUGACAGUUACCGAUCCAGAAAGGAUACCUCUGUGUGUGUCUCAGCAUAUUUCUGGAGAAGACACUGGAAAAAUCUGGGGAUUGUUUUGUAAAAAUUCAGUGUAUUUGUUCGGCUUUAUCAUGUUCUAUUUGAUUUUUUUAACUGGUGGUGCUACUUUAUUCAGUUUUUUAGAAGCUCCCAUUGAAAAGGCCAUUAGACUGAAUUUGAAUACUAAAAUACAGGAUUUUCUAACUUCAAAUCCGGGUGUUUCAGACGCAGCUUUGGAAGAUUUGAUAAGUGAAAUAAUCUAUGCAAGCAACAGAGGAGUUUCGGCUUCUAGAAAUGUGACUGGGGAACCUAACUGGAGUUUCGGACAAUCCCUUUUCUUUUCGAGCACUGUCGUAACAACAAUUGGAUACGGACAUGUAACUCCAUUAAGCAGAACUGGAAAGGUAUUUUGCAUUUUAUAUGCCGUUGUCGGAAUUCCAUUAACACUGGUACUACUGUCUGCCCUUGUGGAGAGACUUCUCGUACCGACGAUAUGGUUCCUUCAAUGGUUAAACUCUAGACUCGGCCAUCUCUACCAACCGUUCAAUAUAAGACUCCUUCAUCUCUUCGUAAUUGUCCUUCUUCUGGUAACAAUUUUCAUGCUGAUCCCAGCUGCUGCAUUUGCUGCUAUAGAACCGGACUGGAAUUAUUUGGACGCUUUCUAUUACUGUUUUAUUUCAUUAACAACGAUUGGUCUGGGAGAUUACAUACCCGGUGAUGCUCCCGAUCAACCGUACAGGCCUCUUUACAAAAUACUCACAACAGUCUACCUCUUCCUGGGAAUCACAUUCAUGAUGUUAACUUUGGCGGUUUUCUACGACAUACCUCAACUCAACAUUGGUCUUUUAUUUUCGAAUUCUGAAGAUUUGAAUUCGGAAAAGGCUCGCCUGGCAUCUGUUACGGCAAUGACGCCCAGUUAUGGGAUCACGAGCCCUUUCACGCCAGAUGGACAAGAUAACACCCAUCGACACGUUGUAAGGGUCAGAUCCCGUCGAGAUGAUAGUCCUAGUCCUGAAGAAACGUCCCAAUCUCACAUCAAAGAUUUUAGAUUACAUUAGAAAACUAGACAAGAACAAAAGCGAUAGGCAUUUAGCACGAUACAAUCUAAGCCAAAAAAGUUAAUAUGAUUGAUUAUCUAGGACCUAGAACAUCCGUAGAACAGAAUAUAACUUUAUUUAAAGCACACUAAAUAAAUAUUAACAACAACGUUUUGGUUAAAGCCGCCUAGUAAUCGCUUUAAUUCUCCUGCUAACCAGUUUAGAGGGUCAAGGGAGCCAAGCUUCUUUCCUUUUGAGAGAAACAAAGUACAAACUUUCUAUUCUUCUGGCAAACUAAAUAACUAAAAAGGGCUCGGCCUUAGCUUAAUUACAUAGAACUCCAAGUAAACAAGACUUUUUAGGAUGUUAGCGGUUCUUUACAAAAUUAGCUUAAUCUUGACCUAAAAAUAGAAACAAAAAACUCGACACAAAUGUUUCGUAGUAUCUACACAUGUGAUACUAAAUACAUUUCACAUUAAUUUAAUUUUUACUCAAAUAAAAUAGCUCCUACUACUUCCACAAGUAUUAAACUAAUUUUGCUCUUGAAGUAAACAAAACGUAGAAUUUCUAAAACAAUUAUUUGUGGUAGUUACAACCAUACUCUAGUAAAAUGCAAAAAAGUAAUUAAAAGGUUGAAUAAAUCAAUACAAUAAAAAAACAUUUCCCUAUGAAAAACAAAGUACAUUAUUUAAUUUAUCAAAUAUAUCGUUAAUUUAAAUGUGUACAUUGCGUAUCAUCGUUUUGAACUUAAUAUAGAUAUCUAACAAAAUUCGUUAAAGAAACAUAUCAAUUAAUGAAAUUAAUUAAAAUAUAGUAUGAUUGUAAUUAUACCAAAAAAAA